ACGAUCUCAUUUUUAUAGCGUUUUCAAGUGAAUUUUGUUUCAUCCCGGCUCAAUUAAUCACUAAUUUAUUAUGAAUUCAAGUUCUUUUAUUGGCGUAGAUGAUGCAAAACGUCAUCAAUCUUAAGUCUAUCAAAAUCCGUUCACUCGAAAACGCUAUUAGUCCUCUAGUCUAUAACUUUUAGGAUUGGUUGUGUUCCAACUUCUUGGUUUACCCGUCAGUUAUUUAUUAAUAAAUAUCAGUAAUGCUUACUCGAUGGUUGGAAUACCGAGUAAAAUUAUCUCUUGGUUAUAACAAUAGAAGUUUUACUCGGUAUUCCAACCAUGGAACCAAUAAGAAUUACUGAAUUUAUUAAAAACGUAUCAUACAAACGUUCUUCAGUGUACGCGUAUGGUGCUCGAAGCUCGAAAUGGCAUUACAAAUUAGCAUCAUUUUGCUAUACGCAUGUGUACAUACAUCUUCAUAUUGUUUUGAAUACCCUCGCGUGGUUAGGUCACUGGUAAAAAAAAUAUAUAACGUUAGAAACGGAAAUGCUUUAGAGGACACUGCAGUCACAACUUCAAACGUCUUAUCCAUCAAGAAAUAAUAAAAAUAAAACGUUCACAUAUAUUCACAUACAUUUAUGAAAAUGAAUAUAUGUACCAUAUGUUGAUCUUGUAUGUUUCAUAAAUGUUUUGUUAUAAAAGUGCAACGUCAGCUGAUGAGAGUUGAAGUUUUAGUCAGAAGCACGAAUAAAAUUAAAAGUGAUAGAAGAAUCUGUUUUUGAUUAUUCAAGAAUUGAUAUAUAUAAGGUCUUUAAAAAUGAGUUUACAUAAAGAUAUUGAGAAGGCAACCUCUCUUAAGUGGGUGAAUGAAAAUGCUAAAUUUGUUCGACUGCAAGGAUUAAGUCAAGCUGCAAAAGAUCGUAAAAUGAAUGAAAGGAAAGUAAAGAAACCACGAAAUAUACAAUUAAUGGAAGAUGAUGAUAAUGAUAGUGAUAAUUGUUCUGAUGGUUUUAUGUGUAAUAAAACAGAACCUGUUUUUGACAAACAUGCAAUUUCUGCUGCUAUCAAAGAAGUACAUGGUGGUAUUGAUCUGUCAAACAAACAUUUGGAAGAAUAUUGGUCUGAACAUCUUAAGAAAGAAAAAUCUCAGAACUUUUCUGAAUGUAAUGAUGUAAAAACAUAUUCUGAAAAUCAAUCUAAAGAUUUAAAUAAUAAAAAUGUAUUAGAUAUACAAAUGCAUAAGUUACGUAGGAAUGCUGCAAUUAUGGGAAUUUUGAACAUCAAAAAGAUUUCACUAGAAGAUCUAAUUAGUUCAAGCGAUAAAAACUUUAUACAAGAAAAAAACAAAUUAGAAUAUGUUUCAACCAGUGAUGUAGUGGAUGAUGAUGAUGAUUUAGUGGAUGAUGAUAAUGAUAAUCAUUAUAAUUAUGAUUAUGUGGAAUCAGUUCCUCAUGGUGAAGAGGAUGGAAUAUUUAUUCAUCCUUUACAAAGAGGAAUAGAUACAACAAAAUACAAAGAUGUGGAUUUUACCUCACAACGCAUUGGUAAAAAGACGAAAAUAACGCCAAAAAGUUACUUUCUCAACACAAGAACAGAUGAUACUUCCUAUGACUUUAUAAAGAAAACAGUACAACGUAAUUAAUAAAUAUCAUAAAUAUGUUUAGUGUUUGUUACGUUAUACAUAAAUAUGUUGUCUUUUUACGUUAAGAAAUAUCAUGUAAAUAUGCAAGAACAGAUUCAUUACAUCAGAUAAAAUGGGAUGUAAAACUGUAA